AUGAAGACGACGAAAGCAAAGCCGCACCCUGCAGAUAACAGCGCUCAUCCGUCCGCUGUGCACGAAAUCGCAGCCGAUUUUGACUCUCCAAUCGUCCAAGUAAGUUGUGGCUCUGGCUGGAGUUGUCUGCUCUGUGAAGACGGCCGAGCGUAUUCUUUCGGCGACAACACGUACGGACAACUGGGCCAAGGCCACGACCGACCUCACGUGACGGUGCCCAUGCCGAUGUCCGCUCCAUUCUGUCUGCAACCACGAAGACGUAUCUUACGUCUCUCGUGUGGGAAUACCCAUGGAGGAUUCGUGUUGGAUACUGGCGAUCUGUACAUGUUUGGCUGUGGGUCGUACGGCCGUCUUGGUACGGGCGAUGAGAACAACACCAGCGUUGCUGCCAUAGUGAGAAUGAAGUGGUCGACGCUACUUGCUACUGGUCCUGGGCCAACCACCCACCGCAAGCCACAGAGCACCAUAGUGACUGUCGAAGACGAUGACGAAGUGCGGUUCACGGACGUGAGCUGCGGGGAUCGACACACUUUGGCUCUAGCGAUUCGGACUCAGGGAGGGAACUCCGACAGCAGACGCACGACGACGAAAUCCAAGACGGGGAUUAUCUCCUUCGGCGAUGGAAUGAACGGCCGACUUGGUCUUGGAGACGAGAGAGACCGAAACGAAGGAGCGUUGUUGACAACGUGGUUAGCAGCCGCUAACGUACCUGGUGUCGGAAUUGCAGGCAACAACGGGUGCAUGACUCCUCCGACCAUCACUGCAAUAUGCGCGGGUAGUACGCACAACCUGGCGUUAUCAGCCACAGGAGACGUGUUCUCGUGGGGGAAUGGCGUGGACGGACAGCUAGGACAUGGCACUGCAGUGAGUGAGUGGGUUCCUCGACAAAUCGCCUUUUUCAAGGAUCUAGCAGUGACUGCGAUAGGCUGCGGUACGGCGCAUUCUACCGCGACAUCUCGUACUGGAUUCGUCUACACGUGGGGUCGAGGGGCUGAAGGGCAGCUUGGACUCGACUUGGAGGGAGAUUCCACCGUUGAUGUCGUUGACAACAGCGUGUGGGUCCCACACCCUGUGGGGAUCCUCAAAGGCUCGGCCCACCGUGUCACCGUUCGCACGAUGGUAGCGAAGCAGAAUAUGACGCUGGCGCUCGACGACCGCGACCGAAUGUUUGUGUGGGGCGACAACGCUCUCGAGCAACUCGGACUCCCGCUGUCGGUUAACACGCAACACGGGACGAAAUCCUUCCUGCCAAAGCCGAGAUUACUCGCGUACAUGGAUCUUCGAGCACCCAAGACUGCAUCGUGUGGUUCACCUUCUUCGUCUUUAUCGCGCGUUUCGAGUCUGCGUGAACUCGUAGCGGCUGCCAAACCCGAUCCAAUUCGUCUCGGACUGGCCCAUGUUGAUGCAGGGGAUCGAUACACCAUGCUGGUGUUUACCACUAAGCCCGGAAUCAGCAGCUCCAGCAAC